CUCCUCCAUGCGUUCAAUGUGGUGAAAGGUUCGCGAGUACGUUUUGUGUUUGCGUCCGUAUCGGAGUGUUUUGUAUAUUAGGAAAUUGAAAUAAUUCAAGGAAUAUCCUAGAGAACGUCUAGGACCAACAGGCUCGUAAUUAUUACGAGCAAUUUAUGAAUGAGGGCGUGAUUCUGGACGGGAGACUUUAGUGCGAGAAAAGUGCUAGACAAGAUACCAAAAGUGGACUAACGAGAAAUUCUUUUAUAUAAAAUGAUGGGCAAGGAAAUUGACCCGUCAGACAUAGGAAAACAUCCCAAAAUAAUACGAGUUGCACAAAACGAUAUGGCGCAAACAGAUGUCCUUGUUUGUGGAAAAUGUCACAAUGUUUUCCAUUUCAUCGAGCUGUUCCAAGAACACAAAGAUAUGGGCUGCGAAAAAGAUUCGGAAUUGAAAGACAGUCGCGAAUCGAAACCAAAAGUUUGGGCAUUUUUACUAUGGAAAGCGGCUCAAUUGAGUCUCAAUGAAAAUCUAGCUAAUACGACAAAUUCAUGGAAACUGUAUCAGCAAUGGGUGAAAAUGGAGGACUCAGUCCGUGAAACAUGGAUUGUUGCAGGAAAAACUAUACAAUCGUUUGCAAAAAUGGGACAAGGAAAUCUACAAGAAAUGCCUGUGAAAAUUACAAAAACAGUUGUGGACAACACGCCAAGGGCGGUUAGUACUCCGAAACCAGGUCCGAGGAUCAUAGACAAUAAACAAAUUUUCAAAAAGGACGCCAACACAGACAAUGAGGAAGAGAUGUCGCCCGUUCGAGCGGAUCAAAACAGAGUUAUCCGGAAACCAGUAAAUCAGAUCAAUCAAAUCAAAACUCCUCCAAACAAUGCAGCGUUGAAUAAAACUCUGAAUCGUCGUGCCAGUCGAACCGUUCCCAAUACCAACGGCCAAGAAAUCGAGGAAGAAACCGUUGAAAAAAUCAUCGCAAAGCGCUUCAAUCCGAGAAGGAAAAUGCACGAAUAUCUUGUCAAAUGGGAUGGCUUUCCUCAUGAUCAAAACACCUGGGAACCACAAACACAUUUAGACUCCUGUCCACAACUGCUAGAAACAUUUGAAAAACAAUUGGCUCGACAGAAAGAACAACGAGCAGCUCAGGCGGCGAAACAAGCCGCCGCAGCAGCAGCAGCCGCUAAUCCUCAACCAACUCUUCCAACUGUGAAAGAUGCACCACAAAGUCCUUCAAGGCAAGGUCAAUUGGCACGUAAUUUGAAAACUAGAGUCACAGACCAGAAGUCAUGGUCACCUCAGGCGGAGAAUUCCAGUGGCGGGACAAAAAGAAAACUGGAUGAAAGUGAGGAGUUUGAUGAAAGUGGGGCUGCGGAAGAUGACCCGGAUGAAAACGGUGCUCCGGCUAGUAAACGACUUAGAAAUGGGAAUGCUAUUUUGCGGAUGGACUCAUCAGGAGAGAUCAAAAUAUCGCAGGUGUCAACACCAUCGAAAACAGUGAAUGGCAAUAUAAGGGCUUCGAGCAAUGACUCGUCCGCCGAAGUGAUCAUUACAAAGGAUAAUCAGAGCUCAGGGAUCGUCAAGAAAGCAGGGAUCGUGCCGACGAACAAUCAAAAGUCUGAAGCUCAAGUUCGCGUCCUGUCGAAAGGAGAAAACACAUCCAGUGGUAUUGUGCGCAUAAAUAAGCUACCGCCAGGUGGAAUUACAGCUGGGCAGACCCGCAUUACUCAAAUCAGCGGUCGGGAUUCAACCGCGCAGGCACGAAGUCUUUCAAAUUCGUCAACUCCAUCGCCACGAACAGUUGCGGGUCAAACGAGAAUCGUUCAGCGAACUACAAUAUCACCAAAUGCUAGUCAGCCACCAACAAAACCCGUAAUCAAUCGAGUAGCCAGAACUCAACCGGAUAAAUCAAAUGCCAUAACACCCGAACAGAAAAUCAUACAAUUAUCGCAGAAGAAUGAUUUGAAAGUAACUCGGAAAAUUGUACAUUCAACUCAGCCGCAAACUCAGCAAUCGCCACAGCAAUCCAUAAGUAAAUUGUCAACAAGUAGUGAUUUGCCCGAAGAUCCAUUCCCGGAGCCACAAAGUCCGCCUCGGCCGUUGACGUUGUGUCCAGUAACAGGAAAAGUAUUAUCACAAGCCGAGGGUGAACCUUCUCCCGUACCUAGUCCGGAGCCGGCGAAAAAGGAGAAUGAAACGAAUUCUCUUCAAAGUCAUCAAGCAAACAUAACAUCUGUUGGCAUCCUACAAACAAAUGACGUACAAGCUGACCAGCAUCAAGAAAAUGCUGAGGGUAUUCACGAAGGAAUGGCACUAGCAGCAGCCACUGAAGACGGACAGACGCAACACAUUUUAACCAGUGAAGACGGAACACCUCUGCUUGUCACAGGCGAAGAUGGUACGAUCUACCAAGUAGCCGGGAAGAAUGCAGAAGGCCAGACAAUACUGAUAGCCCAGGGAGCAGACGGAGAACAGCAGUACGCAUACGUAGCUGCUGAAGAGGGUGAUGAAGGUGGGGUAUUGACACUAGACAAUGCUGUGGCAGAAGCCGUUGCACAAAUGCUUCCGGAGCAACAAGCUGAAGCAUUAGCAGCAGCUGCAGCCGCGUCCGGUGGAGAGACACAGUUCAUCCUGAAGCAGGAGGACGGAGUAAACGAUGGUUCAGGUGACGCAACCGAAGCACUUACCAUUCAAACGGGUGACGGGGGCGAUUCGCAAGAUGGGAAUAUUCCCGCGGAAGUCGUGCAAGCAGAUCUGCCAUCGCCGGGCGGUACAAGACGUGUCGUGCUCCUGCUGCAAGAUGGCACUUUCAUGAUGACCGAAAUGCACGACGAUGAGUAUCAAGCUUUGAAUAUUGUAACAUAGUGAUAGGUUUUCUCCUAACUAAUCGUAUAAGUCGCGAACUAAGCUGGUACUCUGAGAAAUGGAAACUUUGAGAGAAAAUUAUCUGAAGAGGGAAGAAAGCGUAUUUUAUUCGUGUAAAAAGAAGAUCCAAUUUUUCUUGUCUAUAAGUAAUACGAACAUGAUUAUAUGAUAAGUGCGAGUGUAUCAAUUAUAUUUUUUAGAAUUUACCCAAAAUAUAAAUAAUGUGUUUAUGUUUUUACGAACAUACCUACUAUUACUACUUAUCGCUGAUCCUACGUAUAUCGGGCCCGUUGAUUAAAUUAAUCAAUGCAAUUGCAAUAUGCAGAGAGCGACUAUGUUAAAAUAUGAAAAGUGAAUAGCAGUAGUGAAAUUAGUAAAUUUUAAAUGAAAGAGAAGAGAGUAAACAAUAAAAGCGAGUGUAAGAAGUA